GUUUUCUUUACGUCCUGUGGUAUCAAUUCAAUACAGACUUGGCCACAUACGGACAUUUUCAUUUGUUUCGGGCGCCACAAGAGGUGCCAAUGCACUGAGUUUAAAGCAGAAAGAUAUAGUGUGGAUGACUCACGGUCAGUCCGCACAAUGGAACAAAACAAAUAUACAUCAAAUAAGUUCGACAAACACUCUUUUCUUCCACAAACUGGCACGUCUUUAUUCUACAAUGGCUGAAAAAUCCACUAAAAUCAUGGUUGUUGGCACUGGUGCUGUUGGCUCCAUUUACGCAUGGCGCCUGGCUAAGACUGCUCAUGUCACUACUGUAUGCCGUUCAAACUACGAGAUUGUUAAGAACACUGGACUAGAAAUUGACUCCAAGAAAUUUGGAAAGGAAAUAUUCAAGCCUGACAACGUUGUUCGUACUGUAGCUGAAGGUGUCGCAUCUGAGCCUUUUGACUAUAUCGUUGUAACUCUCAAAGCACUUCCUGAGGUCUACAACGUUGCAGAGAUUAUUGCGCCUGCUAUAACCAAAGGAAAGACAACCGUAGUCUUAAUUCAGAAUGGAUUAGGUGUCGAAGAACCAAUUACCCAAGCUUUCCCCGAGAACCCAAUCGUCUCUAUUGUUGCUUACAUCGGUACUUCUCAAAUUAGCCCUGGUCAAAUUCUCAUGGUUGGUGAUGAAUCGUUGAUUGUCGGAGACUACAAGAAUGCCCCUGUUGAUUCCACCGCUCAACGUGAGAAAUUUGCUGGUAUUCUUGAAAAGGGAGGCGUAACUGUUCAAAAGGUUGACGAUGUUGAACGUGUUCGCUGGCAAAAGCUUUUCUGGAACGCAUCUUUCUCCCCUGUCUGUGCUGUAACACAAAUGACUACUUCUGAUGUACUUCGCAACAAGGAAGCUAUGAAGAGCGUUAAGAAUCUUAUGAGUGAAGUUAUCCAGGCUGCUAAUGCUAUGGGUUAUGACUUUAAUGAAAAAGAACAGAUGGCUACCAUGAUUGAGAGAACCGAAGCUACUGCACUGAACUAUAAGCCUUCCAUGCAACUUGAUCUUGAACGUGGUCAGCCAAUGGAAGUUGAGGUGAUCCUUGGUACCCCUUUGCGUCGUGCUAUUUCCAAGGGCCUUAACGUUCCUCAUUUGGAAAUGAUGCAUGACUUGUGUAGUGCCAUCAAUUCUCAUACUAUGCAUGAAAAGGCACAACUAUAGAUAGAAUAUAAUUACACCCAAGACCAAAAGGUUUGUUAAGUACAGCCACAAUCAUUAAAUAAUAUGCUUGAAAACUCAGAGAUUUUGUGGAUCAGCACUGCAUUAUAUUACUUCCUUUUAGUCAACCUUAUUUAAAUACUUUGGUGUGGUUAGAAUGAAAUAUCCCCCGACUAUCCUGAUAGUUAUCCCAUACCCCACACCAUAUAAAAAUUUAUUAAAACCACCUAUUUAUCAAUUUUUACGCU